AUGGAAUCCCAAACGAAAGCAAACGCAACAUCACGCAGUUUCCUCACCAUCGCUUCCUCCGUGGCGGCCUCUGCCAUGAUCGCCCGCACCUUCGUCAGCACCUUCUUUCCCCGCCAACUACAAACUCGAAUCUCCUCUUCUCUCCUCACCCUCCGCUCCGCUCUUUCCACCGACCAAACCAUCCUCAUCCUCGAAUCCGAACCCCAUCUCUUCCUCGCAUGCAAAACCUACCUCAGCUCAAUCAUCUCCUCCUGCACCUCCAAAUUUAAAGCCACCAAACACAGAGACGCCACUACCAUCACCCUCUCCCUCGUAAACGAACAGGAAUUUCUCGACGUCUUCAAUGGCAUCGAGUUCCGGUGGCGCCUCCUUAGCCGGAACAAUUUCCACACCGUCUACUUCGACGGGCAGCCGAAGCGAGUUCCUCAAAAAAUCCAAUUUUUCGAACUCUGUUUCCACAAGAAUCACAAAAACACGGCUUUGAACUCCUAUCUCCGUUAUAUACUGGACGAGUCCGAACGCAUUCGAGCGGCUGAUCGAUCGCUGAAGAUCUACACCAACAAAGGCUGCUACUGGCUUCUUCCGCCGGAGGAGCUGCUUCACCCUGCGACAUUCGAAACAUUAGCCAUGGAUUCUGAGUUGAAGCAGAGGAUAGUGGAGGACCUCUCCAGGUUUUCGAAGAGUAAGGAGUGGUAUAAAGAGAAGGGAAAGCCAUGGACGCGAAGCUACUUGCUUUAUGGUCCGUCUGGGACCGGUAAAUCAAGCAUGAUUGCCGCCAUGGCGAAGUUUCUCCGGCUGGACAUCUAUGAUUUGAACAUAAAGGAGCUGCAGUGGAAUUCAGGGAUCAAGCUGCUAUUGCUGGGGAUGUCAAGCCGAUCAAUGCUUGUUGUGGAGGACAUAGAUUGUUUCAGAAAACCGAGUGGUAAAGAUGGCGACUUUUCUCUGUCCUGGUUUCUGGGAUUUGUGGAUUGGAUGUGGGCGAGCACAGGGGAGGACCGGGUGCUCGUUUUCACGGCGAAGAAGAAGGACCGGGUCGACUCUGUCCUCCUUCAACCGGGCCGAGUCGACAUGUGUCUGCCGAUGGGCUACUGCAGGGCUUCGGGGUUCAAGAUUCUGGCUUGGAACCACCAUGAAAUUAAUGAGCAUUGGAGAUUUAGGGAAAUUGAAGGAUUAUUGGAGGAGGUGAAGGUGACGCCGGCGGAAGUUGGGGAGGAGCUGAUGAGAAGUGAGGAUGUAGAUGUGGCGUUGGAUAGUUUGGUUCAGUUUUUGCAUAGAAAGGGAACAGUGGAAAGUGGGGUAGAGAAUGGUGGUGGGUUCUCCGGAGAGGGGAAUCGGCAGCGAACGCCGUCGAUGGGGGGUGGGCGAGGGGGACGGUCGUUUGGCGGGUUGCGAUAUGGGAGGCGGGGCGGGCGGGGCAACAUCGUCCCUCAGUAUUAG